AUGAAAGUGCAUGAGAACGAUGAUGGCAACUAUACUUGCGAAGAUUCAUACGGCAACAUCGUCGAGACAUUUCGAGUAACCGUCUCAACAAACUCAGAAGGUCUCCUCAAUAAAACUGCACUUUUUUCAAGUAAAGUAGGUAUUCAUGACAGUGCGAAGCCAACGAUGUAUAAGUCGAUGCCUUCAUGGCUAAUGGAAUAUUUUGCUAUGGGAUGCAAACAUGAGAAGAUUAAGCGACUUGAUGCACUGAAACCAUGCGAAUCGGCUGUUAAUCGUUUACGGGUUUGGAAGAAGAACGGAAAAGUGAUUUGCGUUCAGAGAUCAGUUGAGGACGUUUGUGGACUGGGAGAAGUCGCCAAUGAUGAGCCGAUUAAAAAGGUACUGAACGUUCCAUUCCGUCAACAAUGA